AUGACUACCCAGGUGUUCUCUGAGCUAGAGGCUGUUAUUGUUUCUACUCCAAGCAAUGAAAGACGCCUACGAGUUCGUGGGGUGCGCCGGUCGCCUGAUAUUACAGGAGACGACGUGAUUGAGGUCUCCUCCGUGAAUUCGGAGCAAAGUUACCACACCGCUGUUGUGCCUCAGGAGGAAGGCUUCCAUCUCGAUGAUGGUGGUGCGCAGGCCUCGCAAAUGAUGAGGUUGCAAAGAGCUGUUGAGGAGCGAACAGGCAGGGUCAAGGAUGAAGAUCUAACAGGCGACAUCCCUCUUUUAACUCAAAUUCCCAUGUUCACAAACGGAGUCAUACAGCCUUCAGUCGCCAGAUCGAAUGGCGAGGACCCACCAGUGCAUUUGUCACAGGACAUGGCUGAUCAUCUUGUUCUCUCUUACUUAACGAGAGAAUAUGCAAACUUGCCCAUCCUGGACUUGUUACAGUUUCAAUCAGCCUACGAGAGUACCAGAACUGAACAGGAUAUAGCCGCAACAUCCAGUAGUUUCCAUGGUAUUUUGAAUACCAUUUUCGGUUUAUCUGGUCUGAGUGCAACCGAUGUGAAUGACGAAGAUGUGACGAGUUUCUUCAAUCGCGGUCAGAGGAUGUCCAGGGAUAUGGAGAACAGCGGAUCUCUAUGUGAACGUAUUCAAUCAUUUAUUUUACAAAGCCAGUAUCUAUAUGCGAUUGGCAACUCAAGAUUGGCAUGGAUGUUCAUUGGGUUUGCCAUCCGCACGGCGCAGGUUCUGGGCCUGCACCUCAAGACAGGGGGGCAUGAUGCCCGAGGAAGGCGGGAUCGCGAACUCGCUCGGCGACUCUGGCAUAGUGCCAUGAUCCUGGAACGGAUGAUUGCGCUGCAACUAGGGCUUCCACCGCAAACCUCCAAUCCACUGAGGGUGCCGUUACCGACGCAUUGGGACACAGACUACAUCGAUUUUAUAUCCGGAGGAAAUCCCCCCACCACGGCAGAUCGUCCAUCAUUAAUAGAGUUCUUGACAGCCUGUGCGAGGCUGUAUAGCCACGUCGAGGAUAUUCUAGCAUGGGAGGAUGAACUGAGAAUGCAGCCGAAUAGUUGUGCUGCGAAGAAGCUACUUUCUUUUGACUUCAAAAUAUUUUUGAAGGUGGACACUCUUUUAUACGAUUGGCAGACAUCUCUGCCAUCGUAUCUGAAAAAUGAUGCCGCGGACGGCAUAUGGAAUGAUCCGGUAGUGUGUCGGCAGCGGAAUGUUCUCCGAGCACGCUACCUAUAUGUCCGUCUUCGACUUUAUCGGCCUCUGCUGGCCUUGGGACUCGCACUGUCCACCAAAUGCAACUGUCGACCUGAAGGCCGCCCGCAUGCUACCAAAGAGGAGCCUAGCUCAUCUACCUCCCCUGUGGUUUUCAGCAUGGUACGCGACGCCUCAAUCAAGAGCGUGGCGGUCGCCUUGGAACUGAUCAACCUUAUCCGUACGCACGAAGAUGGGCCGCGCGAUGGCAGGCUAGACCAAGGUCGCUAUAAUCUGAUCUCUCCAUAUUGGGAGAACAUCGAUUAUAUUUACGCCUGCGGAACGGUCUUUCUCGCAGCUCGUCUAAGUAACUUUAGCAGCUUCAAUGACAAUAAUUCUGGUGGAAUCAAUGAAGGGGAGGUAGAGACGUCUUUGACGCGUGCUAUCGAUAUGUUGGACCAUUACCACAGUAUUAGACCAAAUGGCAAGGUGGCGCGUAUAGCACAGAUGUGCUGCAAUACAUUAAAAACUCUCUCGGAUGUUGUUAAAAAGCCUGGCACUGCUGGCCCAUCAACCGGCGCAGCUGCGGUCUUGGAUGAAAAUACUCGAGAUCGGCUCCUGGGUAGGACGGAGAACAGCAAUCCGGCCCUUAACAGAACCCGGACGCAGUCGAUAGGGGACGCGCUCGCAUAUUAUGGAUGGAUUGAGAGUCUGCCUAUAGAUUUGGCUGGUCCACUGGAAUGA